CAGCAGCGCCCCUGCCGUAACCAUGUCCAUGCGUGCUUCGUUGUUGCAAAUCGAUCGGGUGCGCCUACUACAGCUCUGGCCCGCCCCAGCCGUAACCAUGCCCAUGCGUCCUCGUCCUCGCUACGCCUACGCCCGCAGGCCGGACGGGAACUACUCCUUCACCAUCCAGCGCACCGCGCUGCCGUGCCCCGGCGUGGAGCUCCGCUUCAACACCGUCAUCGACUGCACCUGGGGCAAGGACCCCAUGCCACCGAUCACCAUCGACUUCCACAAGAACCUGCCGCGGCUGAUCGAACCCCCGAUGCCGGCAUUAUCAGCCGUUCCCGCCCAGAUGACCCGCCGAUUCACGUGCUCCAGCGGCGACUUCGUCGUCUACAGGCAGCUCCAGCGGGUGGGGGCGAUGGUCACGGCCGCGGGGCUGCCCGUGGAGUGCGUGCCCAGCGUGGAGGAGUUCAUCCGCCUCUCGGCCUUGUGCGCCAUCAACUUGUUCUGCAAGACAGUGGCGAUCACCGUGGAGGCCGGCGCGGACGAGGACGAGGAUGAGGAGCUGCCGCCCGGCGCGGUCGCCGGGGAGUGCGCCAUAUGCUACAAGGAGUACCUGGUCGAUGGACCCACGUCGGUGAAGCUGGCGUGCAGCCACACGUUCCACCGCAGGUGCCUGGACCGAUGGACGGCUGUGAAGUCGAUGUGCCCCUACUGCCGGGCGCCGGUGCCGAUGGAGCAGGACUGCUGGUACGAAGAUGAUUGCGACGACUCGGAGUCAGACUAUGAUGACGUCGCCAGCGAGGAGGACGACGACUCGGAGUCGGACUAUGAUGACGUCGCAAGCGAGGAGGACGACGACUCGGAGUCGGACUAUGAUGACGUCGCAAGCGAGGAGGGCGACGGCUCCUCCCCGGCGCCCGACGGCAGUGGCCAGGAAGUCACGGCCUCUCAGCCUUCUUCGACUAGAGCACAACAUCAGUGCUAGUUUAAUUAGGGCUAGUUUGACGGCCACGAAACCGGAGGGGAUUGAAGGGUCUAAGAUCUUGAAUAACGAGGAGAUUUUAGUUUAGCCGCUCUAAUACCCUCUGGUUUUCGGACUCCUAAACUAGCCUUUAAAGUUAGUAGUUUUUUUAUACUGAUGUUAGUAGAUAUGAAAAAUCAGGACCGGCCUAGAAAAAUUUAAGGCCCUAUGACAAAUCUAGAGUAUUAAUAUACUGCCUCCGGUCCCAAAAUAUUAUUAGUUUUAGUUAUUGAUUUUUU